AUGCGGGAAAUUAAAGACAGAAAUCUCCGUAAAAAAGUUGUGAACGCUGGGUAUGCCAUAAACCAACCAUCGUUCAUGUAUUACCGAGAAGAAAUAAGGUUGUCAAGCGUGGAAGCAUUAAGGUGGGUGGAUAAUAUUCCAGUCGAGAAAUGGACUAGGUCAUUUGAUGGAGGGUGUAGAUGGGGUCACAUGACCACAAAUCUUGUAGAAUCCCUAAACGGCGUAUUUAAGGGAACUAGGAACCUCCCCAUCACUGCGUUGGUAAGGGCAACGUAUUACAGAUUGGGGUCACUUUUUGCGGCAAAAGGCAAAAAAUGGAGCGAUGUACUGCAAUCAGGGCAAAUAUUUAGCGAAUCAAGCAUGAAGUAUAUGAGGGAUGAAACUUCUAAGGCGGACUCACAUCGAGUUAGACCAUUUGAUUGUCACGAUUACAACUUCAUUGUUGAUGAGACAAUGGAUCACAACGAGGGUCGGCCAAUGGGACACUACAGGGUGGAACUUCAUAAAAAUUGGUGCGACUGCGGAAAGUUUCAAACCUUCCGCAUGCCUUGUUCACAUGUCAUUGUCACAUGUUCAACUGCUCGUCAGGAUCCAUUCUUGCAGCUAUCAGAAGUUUACAAGGUCGUGAACUUAUUCGGUAUCUACAGUAGCAGUUUUCCAGUGGUAGCUAGUGAGGACUACUGGCCAACCUAUCAUGGAGACACAAUCUACCACAACGAAAAUAUGAGAAGAAACAAAAAGGGCCGCCCCAAAAGCACCCGAAUUACAACUGAAAUGGAUACAGCUGAAAAAAUGGAAAGAUUGUGCGGAAUAUGUCGUCUUCCCGGGCAUAUGAGGAAAAACUGUCCAAAUGUUGGAACAAGUUCUAGGUAG